AUGCUCAAGAGACGUAGACCUGCUUCUCAAUCGCUAGUUUCGAAAAAGAAUAAGAAAUUGAGGCACGAAAACCCGUCCACCUUACCCUGGAAAACUACUUUGCGACCUUUAGAGACCGGAAUCGACGGUGAUGGUAUACUCGAACUGGAGGAAGUAGAGGGGGUGGAGGUUUUAUAUGAAGAGGGAGACGGAGGGAGGAUUGCCAGGUUUAAUGUUGUGCGGAAUGAAGAUGACGAUGAAGAUGAAAGGAUGGAGGAUAUUGAUAGCGAGGGGGACGAUGCCUUCGAUGACGAGCCUGUCGAGACGGAACAAGUGCAUUUCGACUCAGAAAAACUUCUGCCAAGAUGGCAUUCUUUCGCCCUACAUCCCCGACUGUUAGGCUCCCUCUCUCAAAACAAAUUUUCAUCACCUACGCCAAUACAAGAAAAGUCUAUCCCAUUGGCUUUAAAAGGGCGUGACAUCGUUGGUGUUGCUCAGACGGGAUCCGGUAAAACCCUUGCGUAUGGCUUGCCUAUCUUGCAUAGACUUUUACACGAUGCCCGACCGAAGAAGAAGUCCAAACGCCCGCUCCGUGCACUGAUAUUAGCUCCGACAAGAGAGUUGGCGCUGCAGGUCUCUUCACAUCUGAACAUGGCUCUGAAUUCCUCGAGCUCCAAUAUCAAAGAAGAGGAUGAGUGCUCCCCGAGUUUAAACUUCAAGAAAAAGAACAAACGGAAAGGGAAAGACAAGGAAACAUCUGGAGCUGAAGAGCCGACGUCUCAACCGCCCGGGAAGAAACCACCACCGGUAGUUAGCAUUGCAGCGAUUGUAGGCGGGAUGUCUGCGCAAAAACAGAGACGAAUACUCGAUCGAGGAGUUGACGUUCUCGUUGCAACGCCUGGUCGUUUGUGGGAUAUCAUGCAGGAGGAUGACGCGCUUGCGAAGGAGAUCCGACAUGAACUGCGUUUUCUAGUCUUAGAUGAAGCAGACCGAAUGAUUGAAGCCGGCCAUUUCAAGGAACUAGAUGGAAUUUUGCGUCUGACGUUGAGACCGGACGAUUCAGAAAUCAUUCCUGACGAUGAAGGGUCUAAUACUGAAAGCAAGGCAGAGGUCAUCUCAGCAGAUGCCGAAACACGACUCCAAACCUUCGUCUUCUCUGCAACAAUGAGUAAGGAGCUCCAGCGAAACGUUAAAAAGCGAUAUAGGCCUAAACACUCGGGGGGAAAGCAUCGACAAGCCACGUCGACAUUGGAUGACCUCUUACUUCGACUUGAUUUCCGCGACCCAGACGGCCCCGAGGUUAUUGAUCUCAGCCCGGAGGACGGGGUCGUCGACACGCUGGUCGAAAGUAAAGUGGAAUGUCUGGUGGCUGACAAGGACAUAUAUCUAUAUUAUUUCCUGUUGCGCUAUCCAGGACGAACAUUGGUAUUCUUGUCAGCGAUUGAUGGCAUUCGACGGUUGUUACCGUUACUGGAGAUGCUCGGGCAGAAAGUUUACCCAAUUCAUUCCCAGUUGGAGAUGAGACAACGGCUGAAGAAUCUGGAUAGAUUCAAGUCGUCGUCGAAAUCUGUUCUGUUGGCGACAGAUAUUGCAGCUCGUGGAUUGGACAUCAAAGGGGUAGAUCAUGUCGUGCAUUAUCAAGUGCCACGUUCUGCUGAUGUCUAUGUGCAUCGAAAUGGUCGAACAGCCCGUGCGGGAGGCAAGGGGUUCAGUUUAUUAUUAAUUGCGCCAGACGAGAGGAAAGCGAUCGCGGGUGUUCUUGGGUCUUUUUCGGCAGGUAGAGAUGCCAAGUCGAUUCCAUUAUUCCCAAUACCAGAUACCACAUUGUUGGACAAGCUCAAGGCACGCGUGAGGCUCGCGAAAGAAAUAGAAGGGAUGGGGCAUAAAGUCAGGAAGGCGAAUCAUGAGGACAAAUGGAUGAAGGAAGCUGCUGAAGUGCUGGGUGUGGACCUUAGUGAUGAUGAAAGAAAGCCGUCGAUGAAAAAACCGAAACAGGACGCUAAACUAGCGGCGAUGAAGGCAGAUCUAAGGCAUCUUUUGUCGCAGCCUAUGCUUGCUCGGGGGACAUCAGUGAGGUAUAUUACAAGCGGUAAUAAUCCUUUAGUGGAGGAGCUGUUACAACAGGACAUUUCAAUGCCUAGCGAAGAAUCACCCAAUGUCAUGCUUGGCCUUGGAGGUGGGAACCGGGACGCAGGCAAAGACGUUACGGAUGCGUUGAAGAGAAAGGGGAAACGAAGAAGCGAAGUUAAUCCAAAGAAGGAGGGAGAGGAAGAGGAAGAGUGGAAAGGAAUUGCUACCUCAUGA